AUGCCACCGAUGCCGGACAGUAUGCCACUGAUGGCGGCAGGACCGCCAAUGCUUAUGGACGGAUUGGCCAAAGAUAACAUACUUGAGCCUGGUCCAUCCCUUGAGGAAAUCGUUCGGACUAGGUUUCCCGACACGUGGUUAUGGGAUGAUUAUAGAAUUGGGUCAAGUGGGGAAAUAAAUGUCAAUCUGAAUGUACCCGACUCCAUGACAACGUGGGUGACGUCAGUAUUUGCACUUAACCCAAAGACGGGAUUUGGAAUUUAUGAUUUAAAGCCAGAGGUAACAGUUAGAAAAAUGUUCUUCCUGACAAUGGACCUUCCAGCGUCGAUUGUUCUUGGCGAAGAGUUUCUCCUCCAGAUUUCAGUCUUCAAUAACUACCCUGUGACUAAACUGGUUUUCAUACGGAUAACGAUGUCAGAUAAUCCAAACAACCCUAUUCCAGCUUCGGCUGAAGUGAAAGGAAACGAUGGUCAUUCAACAUUCAUUCGAUUUCAGCCUGAAAAAAUUGGAGUAUUAAAUAUAACAGUUAAAGCAUUUAUCAUGGACAAUAUGUUCUUUUCUGUACCAGACAAAAUAAUGAAAAGUGUUGUUGUACGGCCGAAUGGCGUUUUUAAAACAACCAAUGAACAACAUUUGAUAUCCGUUACACCAGCUUCCAGCCCAGUUACAAAACAAAUUACCAUUAUUACUCCUGACAAUAUGGUUGAAAAUUCCAAAUUUACUACAAUCAUUAUAACCGGAAAUUUCAUGGUACCUAGUAUUGAAGGUUUAGACAGUUUGAUAAAAAUACCUUCUGGUUGCGGGGAGCAGAAUAUGAUUCAUUUUGCCCCAACAAUAUACAUCACGGAUUAUCUUACUAUCGUGGGAAAAUUGACUGCAGAAAUACGACUUAAAUCAGCUGAAAGUUUGCAUGAAGGAUUACAACAAGAACUGAAAUUUAAACGCUAUGACGGUUCAUUUAGCGCAUUUGGAAAUCGUGAUUCGUCAGGAAGCAGCUGGCUGACGGCGUUCGUAUUGAAAUGCUUUGGGCAAGCGAAAGGGCUUAUACAAAUUGAUGAUAAAAUUAUGGUGAACGCUAUGACAUGGUUACUGAGGUAUCAAAAUAGUGACGGAUCUUUUCGAGAGCCUGGAAGGGUUCUUGACUACCAGAUGCAGGGUGGAACUUCUUCUGGAAUAACUAUGUCAGCUUUCAUUAUAAUUUCAUUAUUAGAAAACAAAAACAUGGGAGGUGUUCAGGGUUUAACCAGCGCAAUUACAAAGGCUUCGUCAUAUUUGGAAGGAAAACUUCACGAUGUCACAGAUUCUUAUACACUUGCCAUUCUUUGCUACGCUCUUGCAAGUGCCAACAGCCAUUUGAGAUCAACAUGUUAUAUGAAGUUGAAAGAUGCUGCAAUAUACGAUGAUGAUAAGGUUCACUGGGAAGCUAAUCGUAAAGUCUCCAAGAGGGAAGUAGGUACCCAGGUAUUAACAGAUAGAGCACCGGCAAAGGAUAUAGAAGCAUCAUCAUAUGCUUUGCUAACGUACAUGAAACUUGGAUACUUCUCAGAGGCUUUCCCUAUCGUAACAUGGCUUGUGUCACAACGAAACCCGACUGGUGGCCAGAGUUCUACUCAGGACACAAUUAUAUCAAUACAAGCAAUGGCCGAAUAUGCAAGUAGCGGGAAUGGUGCACCAGGUCCAGGCUACGGGGUAUUUUUUAGACUAUCUAGUUCAGGGAAUUUCAAACAUGAAUAUUCAAUUAACUCUGCUACUUUCGACUUCGUACACAGAAUCGAGGUACCAAGCGAUGUUGAAACAAUAACGGUUCUAGUUAACGGAUCAGGUUUAGCGGUAAUCGAUGUAUCUACUUCCUAUUAUGUUACUGGAAAUGAAAUUGAUGAUAAGAUCGGAGUUAACGUGACAGUUACAACAGAGCUUAUAAAUACUGUUUCGAUUAAAUCGUGCUUAAGAUGGAAUGGAAGAUUGGAUAGUGGCAUGUUACUUAUGGAGGUCGAAAUGCCAACUGGCUUUCAGUCUAAUGCCACUGUACUGAACCGUCAGAGUAUAAUAAUGAAACACGAAACAAAUGGCAGAAUAAUCGCUCUAUAUUUCAAUGGUGUUAAACCUAGUACAAGCAUUUGUGUUGAUGUGAAAAUGGACCGUGUUGACCCUGUUGUUAAAAGUCAAGCAUGUCACGUGAAAGCAUACGACUACUAUGACCCAGUUCACCAAGCAAUAACUAGAUAUGAGUUUGGACUGCUGAAGAGCUCAAACAUUUGUAACAUUUGUCCUAUGUGUGGAUUCUGUACCAGUGCUGACAAUUGAGGAACG